AUGACCACACCCAAUAUCUCAUUUGCAGUUAGUAGACUCAACCAAUUUAUGCAGAACCCAACUUCUGAACAUUCGGGAGCUUGUAAAAGAAUCUUAAGAUAUCUAUCUAACACUCAAGACAUCAGUUUAACAUUCAGACUCUCCCCUAGACUGGAUCUUCAAGGCUUCACUGAUGCUGAUUGGGCAGGGUGUCAUGAUGAUAGGAAAUCAACAUUAGGCUAUUACAUAUUUUUAGGAGGAAAUUCAAUCAAUUGGUGCUCCAAGAAGCAAACUGUUGUUGCUAGAUUUAGCAUAGAAUUUGAAUACCGUGCAUUAGCAUUAGCCACCUCAGAACUGAUUUGGAUUGAAUAUAUACUUGUUGAACUCAACAUUCAUCUACCUUAA